GUACACCAACUUGAAUAAUUGUCAAGCAGCUACAAUGGGAUUCCGGUUUGAAGAGAGGAAUACAGAUGCCAAAUCUUCGAAGGGGGAUUCAAGCGCAAUAUCGACAAUCUCGAGGGAGGGCCGAGGACAUACAGAGAACUCAAAUAAAUGGCAUGGUGGCGAGGUAUGCAUCUCUCUGCUGGAAUUAAAGAGACCAUCCAAAUCCUUUGGUACGUUCAAGUUCCACACCUCCAUUUCUUCCAGCCCUGCGCUCCGAGCUGCUUUUUUCAUCUUAUCAAGCAGCCCCUCCCUCGUUGCAGCCAGCCGUGUCACGCUUGGCGUCAGUGUAAACCGCAUGUCCGCAGCCCACGUCGCACAUGUCGCUCGCCUCUCAUCAUCGAUGUUUUCCUUUCUUAUUCCUCACUUUUAACGGGACCUUAUAACAGCGAGCCCACCUGGAACGAAUCAACAACACUAUCUGGAAGAGUGAUUUGGGACUCGGUAUCUCAUGUAUCACACCUCGAUGUGCCAUCCAAGCUAUUCUUGAUGAAUCCUGCGUCUUCCCUCCACAUCUCGUCCAAAUCUCCCUCCUUCACCCACUUCCAUCCAGGCGACUCCUCAACCGGACCUUUCUCCUUCUGAUUUCUCACUUCCUAUGCACAAGACCAUGGCGCCCUCACCUUCCACCCACUGCCCUUAUCACCCCCGCGUCCCUGUAAAAGUCCUCCACCACACUGUCUAAUAUC